UGGGAUUAUUUCAUUUCAUUUCAUUUAUUUCAUACAAUAUCCGCCAUCAAGGCUAAAUAUAAUAGACUUAAAACUAAUUUAAUACUAACAAAUAAACAAAAUAAUUCAUGAAAAACUAAGCCUAACUAACCUAGUCUUGACCUAGCAAAAAAGAAAAGAAAAAAAACAAGAGUAGAGCGUAGAGACUAUCAUAAACUUAACAAAAACAAAAAAAAGAGAGUAAUAGAAAACUAAGGAGAAUAAUUAAAGGGAAUUAGAAGAAAAAAUACGGUUACGGAAAGAGUUAAGAGAGGAGUCGAAAUCAAAGAGAUAGUAAAAGUGGUUAAACAACCUGAAACAGGACAGAAGAGGGUCAUUGAAAGUAUAAAGAGUAUGACGUGUUUCAAUUGACAGAGGAUCACGUGGACGAAGAGAACGAGAGGGAACAUACAGCGAGAUGGACGAGAGUAAAUCAGGAGCAUCAGUAGCAGAAAGUAAUAAGCCACCAAUAAAACAAGCCUGAAACACUUGGCGGCGGAAGCUUAAGGAGUGAAGAUUGAAUAACUGCAAUCGCGUUUCAUAGGGAGGUAGUGAGGCAGCACCGAACAAACGACGAAAGGCAAUCCUGGUAAAGAGGCGCUGAAUGCUUUCAAUUCUCGAACAGCCAUCAAUAGUGGGAGGAUUCCAGAUGAUACUUGCAUAUUCAAGAAUAGGCCUUACCAAAGCACAAUAAAGGAUUCUUAGGAUGCUUUGAUCUCUAAAAAUAGAGGUAAAACGUAAGAUAAACCCAAGGGUUCGAUUUGCUUUUAGUAGCACCUCAUCAAGCUGCAGUUUAAAGUUAAGACGACAGUCAAGUAUAAUACCAAGGUCACGGAUGGACAUAACACGAGAGAGCAUUAUGCACGUAGGGUGUGAUUUUCCAUUUAAUUUUUUAUAGGAUUCUGACCAAGGUGUUAUAAAUGACAAGGUGAAGUUGUUCAGAGCAAAAUGACAUUUCUCGACUUGACAUUUCUCGACUUGACAUUUCUCUUCCGGGGGCUCCGGUACAAGGAUAAUGUAUUUAGAAGGUUGAUUUUUAUCGCUUUUGCUGGGCGACAUUGUGGGGGAUGUCUGUCACUCUCUGCAUACAAAUUUCAUUACCCCGCACCAGCCCUCCCCGAUUUUUAUACCGGAGCCCCCGGAAGAGAAAUGUCAAGUCGAGAAAUGUCAUUUUGCUCUAAACAACUUCACCUUGUCAUUUAUAACACCUUGCUCCGGUAUAAAAAUCGGGGAGGGCUGGUGCGGGGUAAUGAAAUGUGUAUGCAGAGAGUGACAGAUGUCCCCCACAAUUGUCGUAAUCGUCACACAUUUUAAUUAUUUAUUCGGCUUUUUUUAUUCAAUUUCUUUUUUUUUAUUGUUUCACGCUCAACCGAUCUCUUUGCGAUCAACCACAAGACUGACCCGAGGCUCCUUUAUUUCUCCCUGUCGCCUGACUGGUCUUCUCUCCCUGAUCUCACGAUCUGUCCCUCUCUCACACUCUCUCUCUCUCUCUCGAUUCACUCUCGGAGUUCACUCUCUCUUGAUCCCAGCUACCGCUAGCUACCGGUAGACGUCCGUCUCCUUUUCCGCGCGCCUUCUCCAUCUCUAUCUCUGCUUUCGUCCAAUCUCUCCUCUCUCAUCCUCAUUUUUGCAUGUUCAAUAUUUUUCGCUCUCUCUGAUUUCACUAAACUUCUCUCUCUCUCACUCUUGAUCCCUACAACAAUGUCGCCCAGCAAAAGCGAUAAAAAUCAACCUUCUAAAUACAUUAUCCUUGAUUCUGACACACAGUAGAACGUCGAUUAUCCGGAGGCGGAUUAACCGAAGGGCGGCAUAACCGUGCACAUAUAUGUGACAGCUGUUCAAACGUACGGCGAACAUUUGCAGCGAUAGUCAAGUGGGCAACCAGUCUGUUGUGCAGCUUUGUAGUGGCUAGUGGUAUUUUCGAAAUUCAUUUUUGUUCAUGAACAGUCACUAAACCUAUACUUUUUGAUUAAAAUAAUAUUUUUCUAACGAUUAAACGAUUGAUUCAAGGUAAAAUAAUCAUAAAACUAGUGGAUUUUAUAAUUUUCAUUUGAAUUUGACAUUCCUUGGACCAUUAUCCGUGCAAGUCGAUUAACCGGCAAUCGUACGGUCCUGAGCUGCCCGGAUAAUCGACGAUCUACUGUAAUAUAACAAUUACAGCAGUGGAACUAAUUAGAUAUUUGAUCUAUCAAAUGAUAGAAAACCGCGUUUCUCCGAAUCCGCGUAUGUCGAGAACUGCGUAUCUCGUGAACAGACUGUAAUAUCGGCAAAACAGAUUUAAAAUUCAAACUACAUCAGUGAGAGCACCGCCUAAGUUGCUUAUUGACAUUUUCGUAUGUGUGUGUGUGUAGGAAUACGCGCGCGAAUAGUUGUCAUUCAUUGAACGAGUUCAAAUCAUUUGUUUAUGUUAUUCCUGUUGUAUCGCUACACCUAACCUUUACAUUGUGGUCGUCCUUAUUUAUUGCAACAAAAUGAACUAUUUAGCAACUAACUUAUUGAUCGAAUCUCUAACGCUCAAUCUGGCGUCCUACAAACCGGGUCUCAAAAACAUCGACACUUUUACCAUGAACCAGAUAGAAAAGCUGAUGAAAAAACUGGAACUAUUCCUAGCCACUAGCAAUCUUGUUCAAUGCGAAGAAGACGAAUUGCAAAGGGAUAAGAUUAUGAUGAGUUUUUAUCAGCAACCGGAUACGGUACGUUGUCGGCAUUGUAAUGAAAGCUUCUCCGAAAAUGUAGCAUCAACGCAGCACAUCCAAAACAAUGAAGGAAACGAGCAAAAACCCAAACUCGAAGCAAUUUCCGUGAACAAUCCUGAAGCGGAGCAGAAAACCGAAUUCAUAGAAAUCCAUGCGAACGAUCCUGAAAAGGGACUGAAAACCGAAAUCGUAGAAAUCCCCCUGAACGUUACUCAGACGAAACCGAUAGGCAAUGAUCCCAAUGACACUCUUGCAAAUGAUCGCAAAAACAUACAGCUCGAGAACCAUACCAAUGCUAACACUGAGAUUAGUGCUAAAAAGAUGCCGAAACAAAAAGAAAUUAAGCCACAAGUAAACUAUAUGAAAAGAAGAUGCUUGCCGAGACUGAAUUUUAAGAUGAGCAAAGAUAUGAAGAAUUUCUUUAAGCAAGACAUCAUGACGGUUCUUGAAAUGGCUGUGGCGGAGAGCGAUAAAGUUAAAAGCGCUAUUGAGAACAAAAAGGUGCAGGAACAGUUGGUAGAAUGCCUAAAACCGCACUACCCAGCAGUCAAAUGCUAUCCGUUUGGGUCUCGCGUCAUCGGGACUGGUUCUUAUACGAGCGAUCUGGACAUUUUCGUCGAUCUGCAAGAAGUGUACUACGGAAGAAACGAUAAGCCCGGCGUAGAAAGUAUAACGGAAUCGAUCCUGAAGGUAGAAAAAAUCCUAAAAAAUACAAAGCAGUGGACUAUCGACGAAAUCAUCCUGAAUUCACGCGUACCGUUGCUGAAAGUCAUCAAUCACCGCUUCAAUAUGAAAUGUGAUUUAACGUUCAGCAAUGGAUUGGCGCACCGAAACUCAUUGUUGUUGGAGUACUUGUUAAAUUUACAACCCUCAAGUCGUAUGUUGGUGUGCUAUCUGAAGAAAUGGAACCGAGAAAAAUAUCUGAAUGGGUAUACUAUCUCACUGAUGGUAAUUUAUUUCUUACAAUUGAUGGGUUGGCUGCCAAAUGUGUCAACACUUCAGGUAGAUCCACAAAAUGACGUCAUUAUCGAUGGUUGGAAUGCGGGAUUUGCGACGCCGACCUUAGAAGAAUUGAACCACAAAUCGAAACCAUUUGAAAUAAUAGUCCUAGUAGAAGAAUUCUUUCACUUUUACGGUUUUUAUGCCAACUUUAUCGUACUCGAAAUUGAAGUGAUUAGCCCAUUUUAUGUGGAUUCUUCUAGUGUAAAAACUCUUUUGAAGAGUGAUUUCGAGUCGCCUGAUUACUCUAGAGUACCAUCCCAAUUUAAACGGUUGAAGCAGUACUUGCUAAAACAUAAAAAUGACACAAAUCCUAGACACCAAUUUGCUUACAAUAGGCCACUUGUCGUCCAGGAUCCAUUCGAGCUUUCUCACAACGUAGCAAAAGGUAUUUCCCCCGAGAUGGCCGGACGGAUAAUACGUUUAUUUGAAAUGAGCGAACGAAAAAUAAAAUAUCAUGUAUACGGGAUGGAAUAUUUCUUACCCAAGGAAGAGAUAUGGUAAUGAUUUGAAUCAUAGGCAAAUAUCUCGCUUUUAUUUAAUAAUAUCUUUUCAUUUACAAACCAUAACUUUGAUUUCUCUUAAAAGAAGCUUUGCUGUUAACAUUCUCAGUUCAGCACAUUCGACUGAUAAGGUGCUUCUAAAGAUUCUGUAUGUAGCUUAGUUUUACAUCGCUGCAUGCACCCGAACUCUGAUGGGCUGCAUCUAAGCCUAUCUCUGCAUUCCUCAAGCUGUCCAAUAAUUUGGACUUUUAUUAAUUUUUUAUAUAUGUCUCAUAUGUUAUACAUAAAGGAAAGAAUUAAGUAAAUUAAAUAAUCAUUCGUAUAUUCAUAAAGUUUAUACAGUUUAUUUGUGCUUUCAUCGCAGGGCGCUUUCAUCGCAAUCCAGAUGUUAUU